AGUCCAGACCAGGCCAGCUCCACUGGGUAGCUAGAGAACAGGGGAGCAAAGAGGAACCCCACCUCUCGGGGGGGGCGUGGGCUCUGCGUUCCAAAGACCCAGGAAUGCCCCCCUACCCGCCCCCCCGGCCGGCGGGGGGAGGGCUCAGCCGGGAGUUUGCCAAACUCCUCCCCGAGUUGAGUCAUUCGUCUCUGGGAGGUUUAGGAAGCGGCUCCGGGUCGGUGGCCCCAGGACAGGGAAGACUGGGCGCUAUGGGGAGCCGGACUCCUGGGUUUCUGUUGCACACUCGGCUGCUCCGCUCCGGCCCUCGGGCUCGGCACCGGCUUCUGCAGCGGCUGCUGCUCCGCUCGCCUUUGCUGCUGCUUUUGCUGCUGCUGCUGCUGCUGCUGCUGCAGUCUGGAGUCGGGGGCUUCAAUUUGGACGGAGAGGCCCCAACCGUGCUCACUGGACCCGCGGGAUCCUUCUUCGGCUUCUCGGUGGAGUUCUAUCGGCCGGGGGCCGAAGGGGUCAGUGUCCUGGUGGGUGCUCCCAAGGCCAACACAAGCCAGCCGGGGGUCCUGCAGGGCGGCGCCGUCUACCUCUGCCCUUGGGGCCCCAACUCUGCCCAAUGUACCCCCAUUGAGUUCGACAGUAAAGGCUCUCGGCCCCUGGAGUCAUCCUUGUCCAGUCCUGAAGGAGAGGAGCCUGUGGAAUAUAAGUCCCUGCAGUGGUUUGGGGCCACAGUCCGAGCCCAUGGUUCCUCCAUCCUGGCCUGUGCCCCCUUGUAUAGCUGGCGCACAGAGAAGGAACCCCUGAGUGACCCAGUGGGUACCUGCUAUCUCUCUACAGACAACUUCACCCAGUUCCUAGAAUAUUCACCCUGCCGCUCAGACUUUAGCUCUGCCACAGGGCAAGGUUACUGCCAAGGGGGUUUCAGUGCAGAAUUUACCAAGACAGGACGUGUGUUACUGGGAGGACCUGGGAGCUACUACUGGCAAGGGCAGAUCCUGUCGGCGACCCAGGAGCAAAUUGCAGAGUCCUAUUACCCAGAGUAUCUAAUCACUGAAGUUCGGGGGCAGUUACAGACCCGACAAGCCAGCUCUACCUAUGAUGACAGCUACCUGGGAUACGCAGUGGCUGUAGGUGAAUUCAACGGAGAUGCCACAGAGGACUUUGUGGCUGGAGUACCCAAAGGAAACCUCACCUAUGGCUAUGUCACCAUCCUCGAUGGUUCUGACGUCCAGUCUCUCUACAACUUCUCAGGGGAACAGAUGGCCUCCUAUUUUGGCUAUGCUGUUGCUGCCACAGAUAUCAACGGGGAUGGGUUGGACGACCUUCUUGUGGGGGCCCCACUCCUAAUGGAGAGGACAGCCGAUGGACAAGCUCAGGAAGUGGGUAGAGUCUAUGUCUACCUCCAGCACCCAUCAGGCAUGGAGCCUACGCCCGACCUCACCCUCACAGGAUUGGAUGAAUUUGGACGGUUCGGCAGUUCCCUGUCUCCCCUGGGAGACUUGGACCAGGAUGGCUACAAUGAUGUGGCCAUUGGAGCCCCAUUUGGGGGGCAGACUCAGCAAGGAGUGGUCUUCGUGUACCCAGGGGGCUCCAAAGGGCUGGGCUCAAAGCCCUCCCAGGUGCUGUUUCCCCUCUGGCAACCAGGGCAUGCCCCUGAUUUCUUCGGCUUUGCUCUUAGAGGGGCUCGAGACCUGGAUAACAAUGGAUAUCCAGACCUGAUUGUGGGGGCCUUUGGUGUGGACAAAGCUGUUGUGUACAGGGGCCGCCCGAUAAUUUCAGCCCGUGCUUCCCUCACCAUCUUCCCCUCCAUGUUCAACCCUGAGGAACGAAGCUGCAGCUUGGAGGGAAACCCCAUGUCCUGCAUCAACCUGAGUUUCUGCCUCAAUGCUUCUGGAAAGCACGUCCCAGACUCCAUUGGUUUCACUGUGGAGCUCCAGCUAGACUGGCAGAAGCAGAAAGGGGGCAUUCGUCGGGCACUAUUCUUGGCCUCACAACAGGCGUCCUACACCCAGACCCUACUCAUCCAAAAUGGGGCCCAUGAGGAAUGUCAGGAAAUGAAGAUCUACCUUCGGAAUGAGUCAGAAUUUCGAGACAAACUCUCUCCAAUCCACAUUGCACUAAACUUUUCGCUAGACUCCAAAGCGCCUCCAGACACCCAUGGCCUCCGUCCAGUUCUGCACUACCAGAGCAGGAACCGAAUUGAGGAGAAGGCUCAGAUCCUUCUGGACUGUGGAGAAGACAACAUCUGUGUGCCUGACUUACAACUAGAAGUGUUUGGGGAGCAGACUCAAGUGUACCUGGGUGACAAAAACGCCCUGAACUUGACCUUCCAUGCCCAGAACAUGGGAGAAGGAGGGGCCUACGAGGCUGAGCUUCGGGUCACUGCCCCCCCAGAGGCUGAGUACUCCGGACUCGUCCGACACCCCGGGAAUUUCUCCAGCCUAAGUUGUGACUACUUUGCUGUGAACCAGAGCCGUCAGCUUGUCUGUGACCUGGGGAACCCCAUGAAAGCUGGAGCCAGUCUGUGGGGGGGCCUUCGAUUCACUGUCCCUCAUCUCCGGGACAACAAGAAAACUAUCCAGUUUGAUUUCCAGAUUCACAGCAAGAACCUCAAUAACUCUCAGAGUGAAGUGGUUUCCUUCCUGCUCUCGGUAGAGGCUCAGGCCCACGUCUCCCUGAACGGGGUGUCCAAGCCAGAGACAGUGCUAUUCCCAAUAAGUGGCUGGCAACCCCAAGAUCCACCCCAAGAAGAGAACAGCAUUGGCCCUGAGGUCCACCACGUCUAUGAGCUUGUCAACGAUGGUCCCAGCUCCAUCAGCAGAGGGAUACUGGAGCUCAGCUGCCCGCUGGCCCUAGAUGGUCAACAGCUCCUCAAUGUCACCAAAAUCUCAGGGCUUAGCAACUGCACAUUUAGUCCCAACCCACAGGACUUGAAGCUGGAUCCUGAGGAGCCCCAGCAUCGGCGGCAGAGGUGGGAGGCCUUAAGCCGGGGACCAGCCCCUGGGCCUCGAGUUCUGAAAUGUCCUGAAGCAGACUGUUUCGAGUUGCGCUGUGAGCUAGAACAGUUACACAGGCAGGAAAGCCGAAGUCUACAAUUGCAUUUCCAAGUGUGGGCAAAGACCUUCCUGCAGUGGGAACACCAGCCAGUCAGCCUGCAAUGCAAAGCAGUAUACAAGGCACUGAAGAUGCCGUAUCGUAUUCCUCCUCGACAGCUGCCCCAGAAGGAGCUUCAGGUGGCAACUGCAGUGCAGUGGACCAAGGCAGAAGGCAACCAGGGGGUCCCACUCUGGAUCAUCAUCCUUGCUGUGCUUCUUGGCCUCCUGCUCCUCGGCCUCCUCAUCUACGUCCUCUACAAGCUCGGAUUUUUCAAACGUUCCCUCCCGUACGGCACCGCCAUGGAGAAGGCUCAACUCAAGCCCCCUGCCACCUCAGAUGCCUGAGAUCUCCCCCCCUGCCACCUCAGAAGCCUGAGACCUCCCUGCCCCGGAUUCCUAAUCCCAAAGGCCCUGUCCCUCCUCAGCUCACUGGGGCAGGGGGAGGGAGUAGGUGCUUCCUAAAGGUGCUUAUGGUCAGGGAGGGGGGAAUUUGGUCUUCCCCCACCCCGGCUCACAGACAUACUUGAAGAGUCAGAGCUGGGAGUGGGAAAGCAGGGGACCCUCUCCCCAAUGCACUGUGAAGGACCCAGAUUAUGGGGACAGACAUAGGACCCUGCAACCCCGGCCCUUUGGAGACUUGGGACACAAAGUUCUUAGGAAAUGGCUCCAGAACCAGAGCUGGGAAAUCCAGUGCCAGAUUCCUUGAGGACCAGCUGUAAUUCUCCAGCUUCAAGUCCCCUAACAGGGGAGUCCUGUCCUUAGCCUUGUGAGAGACCCAAGGGCCAGAGAACCUUCUGGCCUGCAAGCCUGGAACUGUGUGGAGAGUGAAUGCUCUGGACCCUCUGGAGCCAGCCCCAGCCCUGGGUUAAAAAGGAACACAGACCUAGGAGAGUGAGCCCAGGGGCUGGUUUAGAAGUGGGAUGGCCCGUUCUGUGGACUCAGCACCCAGCUCGAAAUGGAGCCAGAAUUCAGAUGAAGACGGAUCUCCAAAGUGGUCUGGCACUGACUUAGAACCCCAGGGCUUUCUAGGACUACUCGAGGAUUCCUGCCAGGCUAGGACUCCAGGUUAGACUGAUGUAGCAGCUCACCUGGAGGCAAGUCCAGGACCUGACUCAGGAGAAGCUGGAAUCCCAGGAUGCCCAGGGCCCUAAUGGGGACUCCAAUAGAGGCAGCUGCCAAUCUGGAACUUCAAUUUGGCCUCAUCCCAGGGCCUAGGAGCAAGAGGGCCUGCCUGCCUGCCUACCCUGGGCCAGGUGGUAGUUCUCCAAGCAAGAGUGUUCUUACAGCUGUAUUGAUGCUGCCUCCUCCCCUUCCCCGCCCCUCUUCCUGGCCCUGGGGACAUCCGGGAACUUAUUUAAACUCUUGCAAGUGCAAUAAACUUGGCUAGGGGCCACCACUGAC